GUGGAGGCAGCGCAGCUCUGGCGCAUGCGCUUUUCCUCUCGCUCGCCGGUCACGUCGUCUUGUGGGGUAGUGUUAGAGCCUUGUCAUUCUGACGGGGAAUCCCUGGCUUCCUCCCCUCAGAGCGUCUGGCAGAAAUGUCUAAUGCAAAAGAAAGAAAACAUGCUAAGAAAAUGAGAAACCAGCCCACUAAUGUGACUUUAUCCUCUGGCUUUGUGGCUGAUAGAGGUGUAAAGCACCAUAAUGGAGGUGGAAGACCUUUCCGAGCUCAAAAACAAGAGUCUUUUUUUGGAACUUCACGACAGCGUCAAGCCAAAAUGGCCCACUAUUCACCAACUGGCCCUGAUGUGAAUGAGCAGUCUUCCUCCAAAGUAAUGUUUAAAAAAAAGGGAGGUUGGAAAACAGGUCCUGAGGACAUUUCUCAGGAAAUUCCCAAGUAUAUAACAGCUUCUACUUUUGCUCAAGCCCGAGCUGCUGAAAUCAGUGCUAUGUUGACAGCAGUGACCCAGAAGUCUUCUAAUUCACUCGUUUUCCAGACUUUGCCACGGCACAUGAGACGCAGAGCCAUGAGUCACAAUGUCAAACGCCUUCCUAGGCGGUUACGGGAGAUUGCCCAGAAAGAGGUAUAUGUUUCACUUAGUGCAGAGAAAUCAGUACAUCAAAAAAAAGAACAUUCAAAAAAUAAAUGCCAUAAAGCUCGAAGAUGUCACAUAAACCGGAUAUUCGAAUUCAACCGUAGACAAAAGAAGAACAUAUGGUUAGAAACUCACAUCUGGCAUGCUAAACGGUUUCACAUGGUCAAGAAGUGGGGCUACUGCCUUGGGGAGAGGCCGACAGUCAAGAGCCACAGAGCCUGCUAUCGAGCCAUGACAAAUCGUUGCCUCCUUCAGGAUUUAUCCUACUACUGUUGUUUGGAGUUGAAGGGCAAAGAGGAAGAAAUACUAAAGGCACUGUCUCCAAUGUGUAGCAUAGACACAGGAUUGACUUUUGCAGCAGUUCACUGCUUGUCUGGAAAGCGCCAAGGUAGUCUCAUGCUUUACCGGGCGAAUAAAUAUCCCAGAGAAAUGCUGGGGCCUGUUACAUUUAUUUGGAAGUCUGGCGACAGUGCCGAAAGCAGGCAGUUGUGGAUCUGGCUUCACCCAACUCUUAAACAGGAUAUUUUAGAGGAAAUAAAAGCAACGUGUCAGUGUAUGGAGCCCACCAAAUCAACUGUUUGCAUCCCUGACCCCCUUCUGACACCAUCCCAAGAAGAAAGCCAAACCGCACUGCCUGAUGAGAAAAUUGUCAAGAAAAGAAAACGGAAAGAUGAUGGAGAAAAUGCUAAGCCAAUUAAAAAAUUUAUCGGUGAUGGAACUAGAGAUCCACAUCAACCGUAUUCUUGGCUCUCUCCAACCACAGGCAUUCUCAUCAGUGAUUUGACAAUGGAAAUGAACAGAUUCCGGCUGAUUGGUCCACUUUCCCACUCCAUCCUAACUGAGGCACUAAAAAUUGCUUCUGUCCACACUGAGGAAGAGGACACAGAGAAGACACCUCACCAUUGGUGGGUUGAAACCUGUAAGAAUGCUGAUAGCGUUUCUCUUCACCACAGACAAGGAGCCAUGUUUGAAUUGUUGGGAGGAAUAACAUCACCAGCAGAAAUUCCGGCAGGUACUAUCUUGGGACUGACAGUUGGGGAUCCUCGAAUAAAUCUGCCUCAAAAGAGGUCCAAAGUUUUGCCCAAUCCAGAAAAAUGCCAAGAUAAUGAGAAAGUUAGACAGCUGCUUCUGGAGGGUGUGCCUGUGGAGUGUACACAUAGCUUUAUUUGGAACCGAGCUAUCUGUAAGAAUGUCACAGAGAAUAAAAUCUCGGAUCAGGAUUUAAACCGGAAGAGAAGUGAAUUGCUGGUGCCUGGGUCACAGCUUGUUUUAGGUCCCCAUGAAUCCAAGAUACCUCUACUUUUGAUUCAGCAGCCGGGAAAAGUGACUGGUGAUGACCGACGAGGCUGGGGAGGUGGCUGGGAUGUCCUCCUACCAAAGGGCUGGGGCAUGGCUUUCUGGAUCCCAUUGAUCUAUCGAGGUGCAAGAGUUGGAGGAUUAAAAGAGGCUAUAGUGCAUUCUCAGUAUAAAAGGUCACCUUACAUCCCAGGCGAUUUCCCAGACUGCCCUGCUGGAGUUCUCUUUGCUGAAGAGCAAGCCCAGAAUCUUCUUGAGAAGUACAAAAGACGCCCACCUGCAAAACGGCCCAACUAUGUUAAGCUUGGCACUCUGGCACCUUUCUGUUGUCCCUGGGAGCAGCUAACUCAAGACUGGGAAUCAAGAGUCCAGGCCCAAGAGGAGUCGUCCGUAGCUUCCUCUCCAAGCAGUGAGGAGAGUGACCUGAGGGGAGACAGGGUGCCUUGUCCUCCCACGCCUGAGGAAACUCAUCAGGUGUCUGAUGAGGCGGGCACAUCCCUACAUGACUCCAGCAAGCCUGAAGGAGCAAUGGACACAGAGUGUCCAGCCCAGGCGGGGACUGAGUGGGAAAUGAACCAAGAUGCCACCAGCAGUCUCCUCUGCGUUCUUAGGAAUAGAACGUCCUUGAAGCUGCUGUCAGCCUGGUGUGGGCCCAUUUCAGGUGACAGUCGGGCAGCCCGGCGAGCUCCCGGGAGAGGACAGCAAGAACUGACCAGAGAGGCCUGCCUGUCCGUCCUGGACCGCUUCCCCAGGGCCCUGGUGUGGGUUGGCCUGUCGCUGCUCAGGAAGGGCAGCCCCGAGCCACACACCAUGAUCUGUGUCCCAGCCAAAGAAGACUUCCUGCAGCUCAGUCGGGAUCAGCUCUACUGUGGGCCCCAGGAACCCAAGCACAGCGACCCAUUCAAGAGCAAGAUCCGGAAACAGAAAGAGAAGAAGAAAAUAGAGAAGAGGCAGAACCAAGGGCGUGCUGUGUCUGAGGGCCUGGCAGAGGAGGACCCCACAGCUGCACCCCGAGCUCCAACCCUGGGCUUGUGGUCAGGCCCUCUCCCCAAUGUGACUUCUCACUGCUCCAGAGUUCUCCUUGGCUAUGUCACACAGGGAGAUUUUUCUAUGGCUGUUGGCUGUGGAGAAGCCCUGGGGUUUGUUAGUUUGACAGGCUUGCUGGAUAUGCUCUCCAGCCAGCCAGCAGCAGAGAGGGGCCUAGUAUUACUGAGGCCUCCUGCCUCUCUGCAGUAUCGAUUUGCGAGAAUUGCUAUUGAGGUGUGAAGGCCGGUUUACAUCCUUGCAGGGUAUAGAUGGUAAUUGUGCUUGCCAAGUCCCACAAUUGGAGAAUUUUGUUUUUACUGUCUCUGUUUCAAAAUAUCAUGUGAAAUUUCUUGGAAAUGAGAAUUUAAAAAAUUACAUAUUAUGCAAAUGGAUGAAAUGUUUACAUUCCAGUAAUCUCAUUGAUUUCCGUUUUUCUGUGUCUUUGCCAUAGUACUUUAAAAUUAUUUUGCAUAUAUAGCCAAAAGCUUUUCUGUUAUGAUUUCUUGGUCUGUAUAAUUCUUGCUGAAAAUAAUUAGAAGCUCUACAUUUUUUCAUUCCCUUUUUUUUUUUAUAGGAGCAAAGGGCUGUCAGGUCUUUUUGAAAAACCUCGUAGUUGUGUAACAAGCAAUGAUGGUUGUUUAAUGAUCUGAUUGUUGCAGAAGAGGAAAUGACUACAGACUGGCCUUUGAACAUGAAACGUCUGGGCCACACUCUGUUCUCUGCUGGAAUCAGCACGCCUAACACUUCCCACUGUGCAGAAGGCCAUUGUGGAGGAUGCAUCACCGCCUCUUCUCAGGGAGGCUCGGUUUCUGGCAAGCGUGGUGGGGUGGGAUUAGAGUGGGGAGCUAUGAUUUUGUCACCCCCGUCCGUCCUCUUUGUUGUAGAUCAGCACGUGAUCCUAGGAGUUACUUAAUUCUUCUGCACUUUUCGUUUAUGCAAAAAAUUUCUCAAAGCCAUAGAAGAGCAUUUCUCAAAGUUUGUUCUAUGAAAUGUUUUAAUCUAAAGAAAAAAGAAAAAGCGAUUGUAAGGUCAGAUUGAUUUGGAAAACUCUGAGUUAAAUAUAGUUAAGCAUUUCUCUUUGAAGGUCUUCUAGAACCGUCCAUGUGAUAAUGUACAUUGUGAAUCUCCAGGAAGUGAAUAAUAGUCUACAGUAUUUUCUGAAACUUUUUGAUCCCAAAUCUCCUUUUGCAGGGAACACCUUGUAGGACCAGUUCUUAGGAACAAAUUUGGGAAAUGUGACUAUACAGUGCAAUACUUACCUCUGCACAGUGAAAACUAAAGUGACAAACUGCCUUUAAACAUUAAUGCCAUCACAUUGUGCACCUGACAUUUCGAGCAGGGUCCCAUAGCAAGAGUGGGGUCAUCACUGCUUUUUUCCACUUCCAGAGAAACUAGGUGCUCUUUAACUUUUGGUUGCUAUGUAUGUCUCAUGCCCUCAGUCCCUUAUUUUCUUGCCAUAAAUUUCUAGCAGAGCUUGAGUGGGAUUUUUUAAAAAUUUAAUUAUACAGUUAGGCAUUAUUUACUAUAAAUGUAUUGUGUUUUUGCAGUAGCAUCUGGCAAUAAAUACCUUUGGGGGUGAUGAGUUGGGGAGAGAUACAGCAAGUAUUACAGUAGCCGAUGGAAUGUCUGAUGUUUUUCCUCUCACCAUGCCUCUAAAUGUAUUUGUGUCCAACCCAAAUAAGACUGAAAAAAACAGUAUAACUUAGUGGUGUCUAUAAACAAAAUAAAUUAAAAUGUCACCUGA